ACAAGCUGUAACUUCCUCACAACGUCGGUGAUCGACUCUGGGACUGUCGCCAUGUUCCUUGAUUUUCAGCGUGCGCCGGCCGCCCUGCAUCCUUCACGACUUUGCAUAUCCUCACGAACCCCAGCUGGCUUGCAAUCCUGCGCCUCCUACCUCGCAAACAUUCCUUGUACAACAGACUUCGCAGUGUCUGCACACGAUCGCAUUGUGCAGUCAAAUUUACGAUGCACUCUCCUUUCAGACCCAGCUGGGCUCCCCAGUACCUAUGCGCCGCACUUCUCCUCUGCAGCGAAAUCCGUAUAGCAAAUGGAGCCCAUCACAUGUCCAGGAAGGCACCUCGUAAACUUAAUCGACGAAAGCUGGACAUCACGCCUUUACUUGUCACAAAUAACUGCCCGGACAAUAUAUGGCCAGGUAUCUCGACGCAAUCUGGGAACGGACCUGCAACCACCGGGUUCAAGCUUUCGCCGGGGGAGACCAAAAACCAGACUGUUUCUGAAGAUUGGCAAGGUCGAGUCUGGGGCAGGGCGAACUGUACCUUCAACAGCGACGGGACUGGUCCUGCCAGCGGAAGCGGGAAGGCCUGCUAUUCUGGUGACUGCAACGGCAAACUGAACUGCCAAGUCGGUGGUGACGUUCCUGUCUCGCUCGCUGAGUUUACAUUGGACGCAGGAGAUGGCCAUACCUAUUACGACAUCUCUCUCGUCGACGGCUACAACCUUCCAAUAGCCAUGGUACUUCAACCGCUCGAGAAUAUCACGCUUGACGAUAUACCUCCCAAUCUGACCAAUCCCUCAUGUCAAGGUACCCGCGAUCUGCUGGCAUCUCAAGGCUACGAUCCCUAUCCCGAGUACCCUGACUUCCUCAGGACAAACACAUCGUACCCUCUGCCUUGGGAGGACCAGGUAGACAGAGAAAAGGUCGAUCGAUGGUGCCCUUGGGAUCUACAGCAGACACCUCCAGACAAGCCUGGUGAUGGCGUAUAUCCAUAUCCAGAUGACAACAUCGAGCGCCCCUCUUUCAACCCUUGUUUCUCGGCGUGCGCGAAGAACAAUAAGCCGGAAGACUGUUGCACAGGACAGUACAAUUCCCCUAGUAAAUGUCGACCUGGAGACUAUUCGAAGAAUGUCAAGGAGAUCUGCCCAGAUGCCUAUAGCUUUGCUUUCGAUGACCAGACCUCAACCUUUAUCAUCCCCUCAGGAGCCGGGUUUGAAGUCGUGUUCUGCCCAGGCGCCCGCUCGACUAACAUCUUGGCCACGAGUAUGGCUGAGAUGCAACAGCUCUCACAGCAAGGAAAGGUCGACCACCAGAAGGUCAAGAGGAUGAUGGACGAGAGUCAGGAGAUGUUCCGAAGGGACUAUUACUCGCCCGGCCUCUUCUCCAGAUGGCUGUCGCUCAGAGGCUGAUGCUCCAUUUAUGCUGAUGGGGUCUGGGAUAGUCAAACUUGUACGUACUCUCGCAGUUCUAUACCCUUUUGAUAUUCGCUACAACGUAGAAUGUUUGUUUUUGGGUCUCCUGCCACAUUUUGCCCUGUUCCAUGAAGGGCACACUUAACGGAUUGCGGUGCCGCAAUGCCCG